UAAAUGAUAGGAAUCCAAAAUGCCGUUAAGAUGAGUGCUUUUAGGACAAGUAUAACUAAUUCUCAUGUCUACAAAGUUUGGGAUCCCCCCCAGGGAACCCCAAGUACCAUCAGGAACACUGUGAUAGCUGGGUUCACCAAAGUCUCGCGAUGUUUCUGUAUGAGCGACCAUAGUGGCGACGAGAACUGGCGUGGGCCGGGGAGAAGAGUUGUUAUCGAAGAGGGAGAACAGACGGAGGCAGGAGCAGAGCAGGGGGUGUGUGAGUCUGUUUGUGAGGUCCAAAAAGGAGCACAACACGGCGUGAAUGAGAGAGGCAAGCUGGCGGAAUUCAACAUGGCAUCCGGAGAUACGCUGUACAUUGAGACAGACGGCUCGGAGAUGCCGGCCGAGAUCGUGGAGCUCCACGAGAUAGAGGUGGAAACGAUACCGGUGGAGACUAUCGAGACUACGGUGGUCGGCGGGGAUGACGACGACGACGACGGGCAGCCCAUGAUUGCGCUCCAGCCGUUGGUCACGGACGACCCCAGCUCGAUCCACCACCACCAGGAGGUUAUCCUGGUCCAGACCCGGGAGGAGGUGGUCGGCGGGGAUGACUCGGACCUGCAUACGGACGGCGGCGGCGGGUUCGAGGACCAGAUCCUCAUCCCGGUACCGGCACCGGGGGUGGAGGACGAGUAUAUCGAGCAGACUUUGGUGACUGUGGCUGGGAAAAGCUCAGUGGGUCGGGUGAAACGGGGAGGCGGCACUGGUGGGAAGAAAGCGGGCAAAAAGAGCUACUUAAGCGGCGCGGAGGCUGGUGGAAGAAAAUGGGAACAGAAGCAGGUGCAAAUAAAGACACUGGAGGGGGAAUUUUCUGUCACGAUGUGGGCAUCGGAUGACAAUAAAGACAUUGACCAUGAGUCAGUGGUGGAGGAGCAGAUCGUCGGGGAGAACUCCCCUCCGGAUUACUCCGAGUACAUGACAGGGAAGAAGUUGCCCCCUGGUGGCAUCCCGGGAAUCGACCUAUCAGACCCCAAACAGCUGGCUGAAUUUGCCAGAAUGAAGCCCAGGAAAGUCAAAGAGGACGAUGCUCCCCGGACGAUAGCUUGCCCUCAUAAAGGCUGCACAAAGAUGUUCAGGGAUAACUCAGCCAUGAGGAAGCAUCUCCACACCCACGGUCCCCGCGUGCACGUCUGCGCCGAGUGCGGCAAGGCCUUUGUCGAGAGCUCCAAACUCAAACGUCACCAACUUGUUCACACAGGGGAGAAACCCUUCCAGUGUACCUUUGAAGGCUGCGGGAAAAGGUUUUCUCUGGACUUCAACCUGCGCACGCACGUGCGGAUCCACACUGGAGACCGACCCUACGUCUGCCCUUUCGACGGCUGCAAUAAGAAGUUCGCCCAGUCAACCAACCUAAAGUCUCACAUUCUCACACACGCCAAAGCCAAAAAUAACCAAUGAGAACCCAUCCACCAGCGUCAGAGCCACACAGACGAAAAAAGAGCAUCCUAGCGGCACACGUGAAACCUCUUUUGAAGACGGAAUGAGAAGCUUGAGACUUACUGAUUUAUAUAAAAGAAAUCUGACAGAUUAAAAGACUUAAAAAAACACUGAAAUUCAGCUAGUUUCCUGCAUCCCCUUUCUUCUGCUGUCAUAUUGGAUGAGGAAUACAGUGACUAUUCCCCAGAGCCCCAGCCAACUCAGUCCCUUUGUUUCUCCAGUGGCACUCAGCUGCCAGAAGAUGGAACCCAAGGACACACAUCAGAGACUUAUUUUUACCAGAGUGAGCAGAGAAGCAGCAAUCUAUUAGUAUUUUUAUUUUCUCGCAUAGCUUUUAUUUUCUUCAAGUGUGCAUAUUGUACACUUGACUCAGGCUAUGUUCAGUAAAAUUGUGAUUUUUAUUUUUUUUUUUCCUCCUGCAUUAUGAGAUCGUACCUAUGAUACAAAAGGCCUCGGCCUGGUGUGACCUGUUUCACAUGUAUGAGAAGUUUAAAAACAGCUGUAUGUUUGCAUUUCCAUACCCUCUUUGGUUGUAUUUUUCUCUAACCACAAAAUAACCUUGUAUACUUGUAUUGUAUGGCUGUAUUAAAGUUACGUAGACAUAGAUAGAGGUGUGAUCUAAAGUGUUAACCAAUUAAACUUUUAGUCAUGAGUUGCUUUAUAUUUUCUAUGAACUGUCUUUACACAGAAUGAGUAAUAUAAACUUUACUCGGAGCCUGUCUCAGUUAGAGUAUCUGAAAGCAUACAUUGAAUUGACUGCGAGACCAUCACUUUCUUUGUUAGAAUGUAAUGUACAGACGUCAACCAUUAACUUCCUUUGUUGAUAUUUACACCCAUGUAUCUCAACUGCCCACAAUAAAAUGGGUCAUUCCAACCCUGUCAAAAUACA